GGGGUGGAGGAUCAGGAACGUGACGCCGCUGGUUCUGGCCCACCACGAUUCGGCGGGACACGCAAAGCACGUCCCAGUCCCCAAGCAUCAGCCAGACUGUCGCAUUGCAUGUUUUCUUCUUUGCAAUGACUUAACAUGUAUGAGAUUAUCCCUUAAGUGACAGGAUAUUUCAUUUCAACUUUUCUGUCUCUCUGCGCUGGCGGAUCAUCACUGGCAUUUUUGUCGACUCCGCGAUGCAGAACCUGGCCCCAGGGAAGGAGGCGCUGGCCCGGGAACUGCAACAGGAGAAGGAAGCGCACGCUCUAGAGUUGGUCAAUCUCUGCCGCGAGGUGGACGCCGACACGACCGGCAUGUUGAGCAGGGAGCAGUUCGCGGACGGUCUCAAGAAGGGCCGGAUCCCCAUGUUGUUGCAGCUGAUCGGGCUCAACCGCCACGAUGUGGAGCGUUUCUUCGACGUACUCAGCGCGUCGUCCCCCAGCGGUGAAGUCGAGAUCAUGUGUUUCGUCCACGGUUGCAUGCGACUGGCGGGCGCCGCGACUAGCUUCGACCUGCAGAUGCUGACGGUAGACAUGAAAGGCGUCCUGAAAAAGCAGAGCAAGGACUUCCGAGACAUGAAGCGGCGACUCCAAAGGGUUGAGCAGGCGAUGGAUUUGGCGCUGCCAGUGUUUGGCGCUGCUGCGUCGGAUCCAAUAUGCAUGGAUGAUCUGCUGUCGGUGGGCCUGUACUCCGACGAGUUGGACCCGGUGUGAGGACGGGCGCCCCAUCUCGAUUUCAAUGUUGUUUGCCAUCCUGCCCUCCCUCCGCCCAAAGCGUGCGACAGUGGGCUCGUGGAUGAUGAUGGCUGUUUGAAUGUGGAGUCCGCCUGGCUCCCGCUCUCGUGUCUUCAGUCGCCAGGUGCAGCCUCGUGGCCAUCGAGCUCGCGCUCCCGCUCCCCGCUUCCUGGCCCGCCCGAAUGGGCGCGGUGUACCUCAGGACUCCGUGCUCAAAUGGGUCCAGGCGGCUGUGUCAAGGACCGCGCCAGCCGUGCAGCCAAGAGAGGCCACUAUCGGACUUGCGCAAGAGCUCAAAAGAGCAGGCAUCACUGGCCCAUGGGAUGUGCAAGGAAUGACGGUCCUUGAAAGCAUUUGCGUGUUCCCACUGUUGGCUGGGUAUUGAUCGCAAAUUCCGCCGAGGUCCGAUAGCAAGCAAGAGCAGCCCCACAGCCGGGAGAAUCCCGCGCGAGAGGUUGCAAUUAUUGACGCUGCAGUGGGAGCUGGUUUGGCCGCCUUGCAGGUCCUCGCGAUCGCUCGCCGAGACAGACAGCUGCUCGGUCCGGACACCUUGGCGGACGCGAUCGUGGCGCUGGGGAAGCUGCCGGCCUCGAGCUUGCAAAAACUGAACAGGAUUGGCUGUGCUGAACUGCCAGAUCGACCUGGCGACAGGGCGGCUUGGCUCCAAAACCUACCGAACGUGGACCGAACUUCUGCCGUCCAGGAGCUAGUGCUUCGAGAGCUUCGUGGCUGGCACCGGAGCGCGCUCAAGUACGCCUCAGCUGUGCGCUUGUGGGGCCGUGUGGCAACGGGCGUGCAGGAGCAGCCCCUGGCCGCCAUCGGAAACCGUGCUCGGCGCUUGUGCGUUCGCAGUAAGGAACGGGAGCACGCUCAUGAAGUAUGUCUCGUCAAUCCGGUCAGUGCUGAGACUCGUUGGUGCGCCAAUGGGCAGCCUAGCGGAUACUUCAGCACUCGCUCGAGGAGCAGCGAAAAGCACGGAGCCUGGAUUCAAGGCCAGGGCUUCCGCCAGGCAGACUAGGGACCUCGCACGAUACGUGCGCGACAGUCUCGGUGAGCCUCUGUUGGCAGACAGUUUUGUCGUAGCAAGGCAUGCGCUAUGCCUCCGAGGUUCUGCCGCUGGCGCGGCGGUCGGCGCAUUCGUCAGUCGACGUCGUCGACGUCGCAGGAGUUCCGCAGGCAACGCUCCAUUUCCAUCAUCGGAAAGCCUGCCGGGGAACAGUUGCUGCGGUUCGUCAAUGUAUUUGUGCGAAGCAAACGCGAGAGCUUUGCGGCGUUUGCGUUCUCAAGGAACGCGAGUCCGAGAGCUUUCUCCCAGGGCUGACUUAUAGCUGUGCACUUGCAAGUCUGAAACUCGCUGCCAUUGCUUUGGGCUUCCCGAAGGCGGAAUCCUGGGGCACGCACGCCUUUCGGCGAGGGUGGGCCGACGAGGCCCUCCAGCAUGGCGGUAUCCCCGCGUUGUUUUUCAGUGGAGGCUGGAGAGGCGUGGCUGCCUUUGGUAUGCUUCAGCACAAGCCAAAGGCUCUCUGCAGGCAGCCGAGUGGCUUGUCGAGUUUACGGCCUCGAGCGGUCGCGAAUGAUGGAAAAU